AUGUCUCCUGCGCCCUUCCCUCUCCAGAUUCGUGAGAACGAACAAAUCACACUCAGUGACGGAACUAUCCUCUCAGCCUUGAUUUGGCUCCCGGAAAACGCUGAGGAUAAUCCAGUACCUGCAAUUCUUGAGUACAUUCCCUACCGAAAACGUGAUGGAACCAGCCAUCGAGAUGCCCUCAAUCAUCCUUACAUUGCAUCACACGGAUAUGCAUGCAUUCGGGUCGACAUGCGCGGUUCAGGAGACUCUGAAGGCCUGCUUUUGGGUGAAUAUUUCAAACAAGAGCAGGAUGACGGCCUUGAAGUCUUGCGUUGGAUUGCAUCAAGAACCUGGUGCACUGGCUCUGUUGGUAUAAUCGGUAUUUCUUGGGGAGGUUUCAAUGGACUUCAGAUCGCGGCUCUUAAUCCCCCUGAACUCAAAGCUAUUAUAUCGAUCUGCUCGACCGACGACCGUUAUGAUAAUGAUGUCCACUACCAGGGGGGCUGCCAGCUGGUGGAGAACUUUCUCUGGGGCGCGACUAUGUUUUCUAUCGCUCCUACACCACCAGAUCCUGCCCUUGUUGGAAACAGCUGGCGGAAGAUGUGGAUGGAUCGCCUUGAGCUUGGAACGCCAUACAUUGCGGAGUGGCAUCGACAUCAAAGACGCGAUGAAUUCUGGAGACACGCUUCUAUCUGCGAAGACUAUACUGCCGUCAAGUGCCCUGUCUACCUUGUGGGUGGCUGGCAUGACCCAUACUCAAAUUCUAUCUUCCGGAUGCUUGAGAAUCUUACAUGCCUAAGGAAAGGGCUAGUCGGACCGUGGGCUCACAAAUAUCCAAACUUUGCAAAGCCCGGUCCCCAGAUUGGCUUUUUACAAGAGUCUCUCCGAUGGUGGGACAAAUGGCUCAAGGGUGUGGAAACCAACAUCAUGGAAGAACCUAUGCUCAGGUGUUACGUGAACGACACUGUUGGCCCGAAGAGACUGUACAGCCACCGUCCUGGGCGAUGGGUUGCCGAAAUCAACUGGCCCUCUGAUGGCCUGGACCCGAUGUAUAUGGGGCUCGCAGCAGGGCAGCUUCUUGUUACACCUCCUCAGAAUGUGGAGUAUCUGACGCUUAAAUCCCCUCAGACCACCGGAUUUGCUGCAGGAAGAUGGAUCUCUUAUGCCUUGGAUAUCCUCGGUCCUGCGACCCUUGAUCUGCGUGUUGCUAGUGAUAAAAGAUGGGCCUUUAUUGCAGCAGUGCUAUCAGAAGUCUUGGCUGAUGGCAGCGUUACAAAGUUGUCGUACGGUCUAUUGAACCUCACCCACCGAGACAGUCACGUUGAUCUGCAAGACCUCCAGCCAGGCCGUUUCUAUACCGUCAGGAUCCAGCUGAACGAAUGUGGCCAGCGAAUCAGUGCAGGCAGCCGACUUCGCCUUGCUCUAUCAUCCGCAUACUUCCCUGUUGUUUGGCCGUCCCCCGAGGCCCCAGCCUUGACAAUCGAUUGCUCUUCCAGUCAACUAGAGAUUCCAGUGCGGAAAGAAAACCCGCUGGACAAUCAAUUGAGACCCUUUGAGCCAGCGGUGAAUGGUCCGCCGCUUAAGGCGGCUGUACUGCGUCCUACAGGAGCCAAAUCCAGCAUCACCCGAGACUUGGAGACUGACGAGGUCACCAUUAUCUAUGACAACGACGAGGGAUUAUUUGAGAAUCAGGACAACGGUUGGCGGUUUGGUGGAACGACCAAAGUCAGCUGCCGCGUUCGGCCGGACGAUCCCCUCUCGGCACGCGCUGAGCAGGCCUUUCGUCAAGAGUUUGGCCGCGGUGAUCUCAAUUUGGCAAUCGAGGGCCGAGCUGAGAUGACUGCUACCAAAACAGACUGGCACAUAUCCACUCACAUGGAAGCUUGGGAGAACGAGGAGAAGAUCUUUGAGAAGCAGCACAAGUAUAUAAUCCCACGCGAUCACAUGUAA